AUGACUGAGUAUAGCCUUCCUGACUCUACAUUGAACAGUGGAAGAGUUUUGUUCAAAGACUAUGUUCUUUGCCGCAUCAAGAAAAAGAAACCACCACAAACCAAUCACUCACAGUCACAGGACAACUUUCAACAACUAAUAGAGGGUGACUUGUUUGCCAUGUUAGCGGAAGAUCAUUAUCAUUAUGAAGUUGCUCUGUUGCUACCAUACGAGCAGAUUGUAUUGGGUGUCCCUGUUGCCCAGUUUGAAGGAUGUCCAUAUCAACAACACAUGAGCACGGCAAAUUUCAAGUGCCAAAUAGUAUCAUGGCUGCCUUUAGCAGAAGAUGGUAGUGAAGUUGUUCCCCAGCUGGCAAUCAACAAUGAGCCGAGCCUUUCAGUGGUCCAACUUGAAGGAUAUCAGUAUGAGGAAUACAUGAGCCGUAAUAAUAACAUGGGGACAACACCAGUUGCGCAAUGUGGAUCCAUCACAGAUGCAUCAGUGGCACCGGAAUUAGGUGCUGGUGCUUUAUAUUGUGGUGGAAAAAUCGGGUUCGAAUGUCAUAUACAAAGUAAUGUCAUGCCUUGUGCAGCGGAGUCUCCAAUAUCAGAAGAAUGUUGCUUGCCUGCUCUGGAAACAUGGGAUUACACUGACCUAUUUAUGCCGGAUAAUACAAAUUGGGAUGGUAUCGCUAGAGAAUUCCUUGCUGAGCUGCUGCAUGGUGAUCAGGAAGAGCUGCCGAAUGGUGAUCAGGAAGAGGCUUGCCGAACCCAUCUGGUGUCCAAAAUCUGA